CCCUCAACUUGAUCUUGAUUCCACCCAAUUAAGCGAUAGAGUAGGUCAAGCACUAGCUGAAGCACUGAAAGUAAACAAGACUCUCACUCAACUUGAUCUUGGAUUCAACCAAAUAUCCGAUAGAGGAGGUGAAGCAGAAGCACUGAAAGUAGACAACACUCUCACUCAACUUGAUCUUCCAGGGAACGAAAUAUCCGCUAGAGGAGGUGAAGUGCUUGGAGACAUUAGCGAUUGUGCUAAACAAAAUGGAACAAUGCCACAUUAUACUACAUUUAAUUAUGAAAAUAUAUUAGGAAUAUUAAAUCGUUUAACACAUGGUACAAAUGGAAAUGUACAACAAAUAAUAACUCAUUUAAAAUUUCGUUACGUUUAG